UUUUACACUAACAAACACCGUAUCCAACUCCUCCUCCAUUAAAAACAAACAAGACGUAAGCAAACUCACAAAAGAGUAAAAACAUAAAUCUGAAUAAACAAAUAUCGAGGCUCAGCUCAGGGAAUUAGUAGCCGCGUAAAACAAAUAAGCCUCCCAACUCCCAUUCUCACUGUCUUCCGCUUAUAUAAAUAUGCAUUCAACUCUUAAACAAACUCCACAACUGUUUCUCCUUCUCACAAUAACCAUGAAGAAACCUGGAUUCUUAGCAGCGUCCAUCGCCGCCGCUUCUGCUACAACCGCCAUUAAUGGCACCAAAACUUCUCACGAGGAACGUGGAAUUUCGAUUAAACAUCAGACAGAUUCUUCGCAGGAGAAGAUGAGUUGUUGCUCGGAGAAAUUUGCGCCGAGGUUUGAUGGAUUGAGGUUUAUAGAAACGCUUAUAACUGCUCAUAGAUGACGAGAAGCCUUUGGAACUCUGAGAUCUACGCUAUUUGAUAAGGAUAAAUCGGAGACUUUCUUUUUUAAUGUUUAAGUCUGAUUUGAAUCCAUUUCAAUUUGGUUUCAUAAAGCCGAAGGCUUUUUGUAAUCAACUCAUUAUUAUCAAUUCAUGUGUCUCAAUCCAAAUUAUGUGGAUUUUUGUGCAUCUCAACACCAAGACAAGUGGACAAAUGGUUAUCUUGGUU